UAACCGGCGGCGCCAAUAGUCGCUCUCUGGCGGCCUUCCCUGCGUUCCCGUAGAGGCCUCUUCCGGGGCGGGCCAAAGGAGGUCACUUCCGGGGUCCGUCCCGGCUGCCGGCCGUUGCCACGACGACGAAGCUGCCAGCCAAUGGCUGGCGGACGGGCCCGAGGUUCCCGGCGUGCAACGCGGCUGUCUGAGGGCGCCGGGCUCAUGGCGCCGGCGUCGCGGCUUCUCGCGCUCUGGGCGUUGGCGGCUGUGGCUCUACCCGGCUCCGGGGAGGAGGGCGACGGCGGGUGGCGCCCGGGCGGGCCGGGGGCCGUGGCGGAGGAGGAGCGCUGCACGGUGGAGCGUCGGGCCGACCUCACCUACGCCGAGUUCGUGCAGCAGUACGCCUUCGUCAGGCCCGUUAUCCUGCAGGGACUCACGGACAACUCGAGGUUCCGGGCCCUGUGCUCCCGCGAAAGGCUGCUGGCCUCGUUUGGGGACAGAGUGGUCCGCCUGAGCACCGCCAACACCUACUCCUACCAGAAAGUGGACUUGCCGUUCCAGGAGUAUGUGGAGCAGCUGCUGCACCCCCAGGACCCCACCUCCCUGGGCAAUGACACCCUGUACUUCUUCGGGGACAACAACUUCACCGAGUGGGCCUCUCUCUUUCGGUACUACUCCCCACCCCCAUUUGGCCUGCUGGGAACCGCUCCAGCUUACAGCUUUGGAAUCGCAGGUGAACGCUGCUCGGAACUGGGGAGGAAUGAGGCUUCUGAGGGUGGGUACAAAAUGGCUUGGUCACCAGGUGCUCAUAACUCCACAGGAGCUGGCUCGGGGGUGCCCUUCCACUGGCAUGGACCCGGGUACUCGGAGGUGAUCUACGGCCGUAAGCGUUGGUUCCUCUACCCACCUGAGAAGACACCAGAGUUCCACCCCAACAAGACCACGCUGGCCUGGCUCCGGGACACAUAUCCAACCCUGCCACCGACUGCACGGCCCCUGGAGUGUACCAUCCGGGCUGGUGAGGUGCUGUACUUCCCUGACCGCUGGUGGCAUGCCACACUCAACCUUGACACCAGCGUCUUCAUCUCCACCUUCCUCGGCUAGCCAAAGCAGCUGGCAGGCAUGCCUGCCACACACCAGCACGUCCCACCUCGUGCUCACGGAUUUUAUUACACAGACAGUGGCGGCAGUGGCUUCAGCCCAGCCCACCCUCACCUGCUUUUCCAGCCCACAAGGGGGGACAAUCACGGCCCAGCAAGAGCUAUGCUGAGAGGGGGAAUAGUCCAGAGCCCAACAGCAGAACUUGGAAGGGGCCAGGGUGGCCAGCAACACAGACUAUGUACAGGGGUGGAAGGCUUCCGCCCAGGGCUCUCCUGGACCGGGAUGCUGGGCAGGGCGAGGAAUCUCAGUAGUCCUCCACCCAGCCAUUCUCAGAGAUGAAUGCGUCAAUAACCUCCUUCAUGGCCAGGUUGGGGAUGAGCUGUUCCUGGGUCAGGGGGCUCCGGGUCACGGGGUCAAAAUGACCCACGCGCUGCAGUGACAAGAAGGGCAGAGGGCAGUCAGUGGGCCCAGGACCAUGCUGCUGGCCCUGCUCCCCCAGCCGCAGCCUCACCUGCAGGUGCUCCUCGAUGUCCUUGCGGUCGUAGGUGAUGCCACUGGGCGUGAUGCACGGCUCCCGCAUCAGCUCAAAGCUGAUCUUACCACACAGGUAGUCGGGGAUGUCACGCUUCUGUGGCACAGGGGCACACGAUCAGAGGCUGGGAAGGGGCACUGCUCCAGCACCUGCCACCCACCGCAACAAGUGACAGACACUCACCUUCCUCUUCUCGUCCACCUGAGAGAAGAGCUCGUCCAUGUCUGCCAUGUACUUGUCCUGUGAAGAGUUGAGCACUGCACUUGUGCGGGACACCCCACCUCCCUCCUCCAUGGGGCACAGACCCAACACAAGGCGGGGACGCUCCCACGCCAGGUGCACACACACAGACCCACAUGUGGGAGGGGGGCACCCUCACAUGCUUAGCCUCAAUGCAGGCCUGCUGGGCCCGGACGUGGCUGUCGUCCUCAUCACCCUCGUGGUUCCGCUGGCACUCUUCCAGCUCCCUGGGGGUUGACCAGGAGCCAGUAAGAGAUGGACCUGGCCAGAUGUCCGACCACACCCCAACCUCAGGGCUAACAUUCAUGCUUCUUCCCCACGUUUUCUGCUCGCCAGUAAAACCUUCAAUAAACGCUCAUGUUGGUA